AAAUUCUACCUAGCUACUUACGUGCAGCUGAGCAUCUCUCACUCUAUAUAUAGAUAGAUAUAUGGCGAGGAUUCCAUCAUUGACAACAGAAAAUAACAAAGCUAGAGAUGAUGGCUUAUUAUGUGAUUGUGUUUCUUGCAUUGAUCUCGUAUGCAGGCUCCGUUGAGGAGCAGAGUGUAAGUUUCAAGAAUUGCAUGAAGAGCAGUGCUGGAGCUGCUACUUCCAUUGAAACAAUAGCCCUCACCUCAUCAUCCUCACAGUAUCAACAAGCCUUGCAAGCAUUCGAACAGAAUCCAAGAUGGGUGAAUUCCUCAUCAGCCUCAACCUCACCCACUACGCCUCUUGUCAUUCUCACGCCUCUCACUGCUUCUCACAUUCAAGCUGCCAUUCUCUGCACCAAGAAGCUCGGCAUGCAGAUCAGAGUCAGAAGUGGCGGCCACGACUACGAAGGCCUUUCCUUUCUCUCUUAUUCCAAGGCCCCAUUUGUGAUGCUUGACCUCAACAAGCUCCGCUCCAUCGACAUCAACCUUGCCGACGAGACAGCCUGGGUUCAAGCUGGGGCUACACUCGGUGAACUCUACUACAAGAUCUCCAAAGCAAGUGCACUCCAUGGAUUCCCUGCAGGAAUAUGUCCAAGCAUUGGACUGGGAGGCCACAUCAGUGGUGGAGGAUUUGGCACCAUGCUCAGGAAGUUUGGAACUGCAGCAGAUAAUGUUGUCGAUGCCACCAUCAUCGAUGCAAAUGGCAAAAUUCUUGACAGAAAAUCAAUGGGAGAAGACCUCUUCUGGGCCAUCAGAGGAGGCGGUGGAAACAACUUCGGAGUGGUUCUUUCAUGGAAGAUCAAGCUGGUCCGAGUUCCUCCUGUUGUGACGGCAUUCAACGUCCAAAGAACGGUGGCGGAAGGAGCAACAAAGCUCAUUCUCAAGUGGCAAACCAUAGCAGAUAAGCUGCCUAAGGAUCUUUUCAUCAGGGUGGUUGCGCAGAACACCGGCGCCAAUUCAGCAACAGUGCAAGUAUUAUUCAACUCUUUCUUCCUGGGAGGAAUAGACAGAUUGAUGCCGAUAAUGAAGCAGAGCUUCCCUGAGUUAGGGUUGCAGGCCAAGGACUGCACUGAAAUGACAUGGAUCCAAUCUGCUCUGUUCUUUGGUGGACACAGCAAAGACGACGCUCCGGAGGCGUUGCUGGACCGAGUGACGACAUUCAAGAGCUCAUUCAAGGCCAAAUCCGACUACGUAAGGAAGCCUAUACCGGAGGCAGGGCUUGAAGGCAUCUGGAAGUUGCUUUUGAAAGAAGAUGUGCAGGCAAUGCUUAUAAUGGAGCCCUAUGGCGGAAGGAUGAGUGAGAUCCCAGAAUCUGAAAUCGCAUUUCCUCACAGGAAAGGGAAUCUCUACAACAUACAGUACUUGGUGAAGUGGGAUGUGAAUACCGCGGAGGCAUCCAGCAGGCAUGUGAGGUGGAUGAAAAGUCUUUACAGUUAUAUGACUCCUUAUGUUUCCAACUCUCCAAGGGCCACCUAUGUCAACUACAGAGAUCUUGAUAUUGGCACUAACAAACGUCAUAACACCAGCUUCGCGGAAGCAAGUGUUUGGGGGAUCAAGUACUUCAAGGCCAACUUCAUCAGAUUGUCGCAGAUUAAGAAAAAGGUUGACCCACACAACUUUUUCAGGAACGAACAGAGCAUUCCUCUCUUUAGCUGAAUUCAAUUCUUACUUUUCAUUUCAUUAUUAUUUAUUAUGUAUGCUUGUUUGUAAUAAGUAACUCCAACCAUCAGGCAUUAUUUGUUGAGUAAAUGCCCAAAAUGGUCCUUGAAUUUCAAAUCUUAUUCAAUUUA